GGAAAUGAGGCCGCCGUCUUGUGUCAGCCAAGAAGCUGGGUAUAUAUUGAUGACCAUUCAGAAGCUGGAGAUAAUCUCAGGACGAGGAAGAGAUACGAAAACCUCAGAAGAUAAAGAACGACAAAUCGACUUGACCAUGAAGCUUGCAAUCCUUAUUGCCCUACUGGGAAUGACUGCACUGUGCAUGGGACGCAGAGGUAAGGAAAAGAACUUAUAACCUCCAAAUAUGCUGUUUAAAAUGUGAUGGUUUAGAAAUGUGCUAAUUUUAUGACAAAAUAUAAAAGAUAGAAAAUUCUCAAACUCAACUUUUAUUUUAGCUCAGCUGUACAAAUUAGUGAUAUUUGGGGAUCAGUCUAUAUGUGCUAAAAUAGUUAAGAAAUUUAAGGUCAUCAGCCAUGUUCCCCAUAUUGAUUGGAGGUCUCUUGGUUGAACAUAAUAAAUAUCAAAUCUUGACUUAGUAAAGGAUUUUAGUUAAAAUGUUCAUAUUACAGAAGACAGUCCAAAAAAGACAAGCCUUAGUUUGUGCCCACUUAGAUUUUUGUUAUGCUUUUUUUUUAUUGAUAAGUUUUCUUUGUAGCCAGAAGGAUCAGAAUGUAUUAGAAUCUUGUUAGCUUGUUGUUCAGAACUGUGUUAUAUCAAGCAGUUAUAGUUAAUCUUGACAUCCUCCCAGCCUCUACGUUAGUAGGACAUCAUGACAAAUGGUUCUCAAACAUCUGGUGUGCUAAAGGCUAGGAUUCUCUGAUUGAGAGUCUGUAUAAUGCGUAAUUUGAUAUAUUAUCUUUUUAUGUAUUUUGUAGAUCGAGAUAAUUCUGAAAGUGUGGCUGAUUCUCGCAGCUCUGACGGUAGGAAAAAAUGAUUAUUUCUUCUUUAUUCCUAAAAUACAAUAUUGUCCAUUUGUAAAAUAUUCUCUGUUUCCGUACCAAUUGCCAAUAAGCUGAAUUGCUUCCUAACACCUCAUAUGUCUCCCUCUCUUCAUAGCUUUUAUCUCCAGACAAGAAUCGGCUAACUUUGCACAGAGAAAUAGACAGAGCAAUAUUCACAACUUGUAAGUAAAUAUCUCCAUCCCCACCCUUUCAUGUAUUCGCUGAAUUGGUUAAAUGAUCUCUUAACCUUCUGAGAUCCAGAGAGGUGUACAACAUACUCUAAACUUCAUGGUGCCCUAUAUAUCACAUUUAAGGAAUUGUGCCUUUAUUACCAAAUUAUAUCUCUGCUUGAAUAAAGCUUAAAUUCUUUAUAUUUUCUAGCCGCAGGUGCAUUUCAGUAGAUACAGUUGGUGUAGAUCAAUAUAUAGUUGCCAGAUGGCAAGUAUAUGUGCUUUAAAAAGGUGUCUAUUUAACCCCUUCCAUUACUUUCCAAAUAGGCUCACCAUCUUUUUUGUAUUCUGUAUAAAAGGGAGUAUGGAAUUAAAGAGGUUUAUUAAUACAGCCCUAGCCACACCUCCCCUGGCUGUGACUGACACAGCCUGCAUGAAAACAAAAUGGUUUCACUGUCAAUCUUUAAAAGUUUUUAUCUCCUGCUCUGAAAAAUUAACUUUUAUUACAUACAGGAGGCACCUGCAGGGUCUAGCAAGCUAUUAACAGAGUAAGAGAUACGAAAUUCUAAAUUAAAACAGAGUUUGCAAUAAAGGAAAUUUAAACAUUAGAUGACUCCUUACAGGAAGUGUUUAGAAAGGCCGUGUAAGUCACAUGCAGGGAGGUGUGACUAGGGUGCAUAGAAAAGGGAUUUACCUUCUAAAUGGCAGAUAAUUGAGCUGUGAAACUUCAGUAGCACGAUCAUAAGUUGUUUUGGGGACUAUAGUGUCCCUACACCAUGAAAUUAUAUGUAUUGGGAGAAAAAAUCCCCUAUAAAAUUACAACCCUGGUCAAUAAUAAGUAAAUCUACUUUGAACUGGGAUUUUUAGAAGGACAGGUAUUAAAACACUUUUUGCACCACAACUGCCCUUGUAGACAGUGCCCAGGAAUGCAGAUAGUCUAUGUAUGAUGUUUCCACCUACCUGCUGUCUCAGGGAUGUCAUGCCAUCCACAGGUUGCACCACGCUGUGAGGUCACCACUAGAAGCUAAGCGGGAGGUCUGCGAGCUGAACCCCGCCUGCGAUGAGCUGGCCGAUCACAUAGGAUUCCAGGAGGCUUAUAGACGCUAUUAUGGCACAGCCUAAUCAUACCAAAAACAGCUAAAUGUUCCUAAUGUAUGUACCCCCACAUUGCCCUGUGUCCCCCUUUCUUUCUUACUGCUUUAUUAACGCACAAUCUGACUGUAUGUAUGUUAGCAUGGAUGGCAGAUAAUAAAAUAGUCAACGCAAUCAAUGCCACACUUAAAACAAACUUCUUAGGAUGGAUUAUUGGCAUAAAAUAAAAAUAAUAAUAUAUAUUAUAUAUAUACACACACAAUAAUGGCUGCAUCACACUACCUUGAUGGGGUUCGAGAUCCUCACGAGUCAGGACAUUAGUUGACACUUUGUCUCAAUUUUUGUGACAGGUUGGGGGUCAACGUUUGAGUUUCAGAAUAUGGGUAAUAUGAAUAUGUGAGACGGCAUGUAAGGAGGAGCUAUGAACAGUCAUUAAAAUGGGUCACCAUACUUUUAAGGUAUGGCCUGCCAAGCCAAAACAGGAUAAAGCUGAUCUCAUGGAUACAUCAAUGAGUUAUACAUUGCCAGCCAUUUCUUUGAUUUUGUAGGGAUUUAAAGAAAUAUAUUUCUCAACUCUAAAUCUGUCUCGGUCAGAGUUAAAUAUCAAUCAUCAGUGAAAAAAUAAAUUAAAAAAAUAAUAUAAGUAUUAACUCUGUUCUAACUGUUCUUGCAAACUUCUUCACUUGACGAAGACCCUGCUGCAAACGCCACACUUUGAAGAAAGGGUUUACUCACUAAACUAGGCAUCGUGGAGGAUUGACGAGGGAACAGCGUGUUUUAGGCCAAAAUAGGUCAAAUGCAGAAAAUGUGCUAAAUCUGCUAAUUUCUAAUCUAGGCUACGUUGGCCUAGAUUAGUAAAACCCUUCCUUUUGUAGCAAAUCGUUUGCAGUCAUUUUGUCCGCAUGUAGGGUCAAGUGCAUAUUCCAAAGGCUUGCAGUGAUCAUGUAAAUGUAAACCUGUUUAUACGUUAAGAUGUGUUUUAUUGUAUCCACAAUUUGUGUAUGCUGGAAAAAUAUGUUUCAAUAAACAUUCUGUAAACUGAAAUUCUGUCUGAGGUUUAUAUUCAUAUUAUAGGUUUAUAUACUAAAGUAAAGAAUCGCAA